AUGCGGCUCCUCUUCCACGCUGCGGUUGCUGCGUCGUCACCGCCAUGGACGGUGGCCCGGAAUACACUGUCCAGGGGCCGUCGGACAGAGACCGAUCUAGACUCUGGCUGUGAAUCCCUCUUUGGUGGCGAUCCGCCGUUCCUCCCCUCCCCUCCCGAUGCGUGGAUGCGUGGAUACGUGCACGCAUCCAUCCAUCCGUCCGCAAGUCCAUAUGCAGGACACCUUAUGCGUGUGCACCGCGAUAGGCGGGACUCAAUCGUCCUAUGCGACGUCGGAACGCCUGGUCUGAGUGCCCCUCUUGGUGAUGACAGACAGGUCAGAUUUGCUGCAUGUUAG